AGGCCAUAAAAGCCAAUGGAAACCAAAAGAGACCAUCCCACUUCACACUCUACAAGCUCGGCCGCCUCCUCUCCUCUCCUGUAUGCUCGCCGCCGGCGAUGCCCAGCCCGCUGAAGCGCCCCUCCCUCGGCCGCCUGCUCGCCGCCCUCCGGUCGCCGUCCCGCGUCCCGGUCCAGACAGGCUUCCCCACCUCCCUCGCCGACCUCGUCGUCAAGAACCAUGGCCGCCUCAGGAAGCCCCGCAAGCCGCGCCGCCCCACCGCCCUGGCGCUGCCUCCGUCUCCGGCGGAGAAUCCGGUGGACGUAGGGGAGAUUCCUUCGCUGCCGCCAUCGCCCGGACCUCUGUCGCCGGUGGUCGUAGAGGACUCCUCGGCCCCGGUGGUGCGGCGGCUGGACGCGCCCAAAGGCGCCGCCUUUUUCCGGCCCCGCCCGGAGCUCCUCGCGCUCGGCGGGGCCGUGGCGCUCGCGCUCCUCGCCGUGUGGAGGGAGGGGGCCGUCGCGGCCUUCACCAUCGCCUCGCUGUCGCUGCUCUGGAUCGAGUCGGCCUCCCGCCGGCGCCGGCGCCCGGCAGAGCUGCCCGAUCCGCGCUGCCCCGCCCCCGUCUCGCCGAUUCGGGUGGUGGAAGAAGCGCCCGGCUGCUCCGAUUCCGACAAGAGUAGCGAGGCCCCCUCCCCUCGGCCCUCGGAGAGGCGCGAGCUCGUCUCCGGCGGCGAAGAUCCGGCCACCCCGAAGAGGAAAGCGAGGAGAUCGCUGAGGAAGGUAAUCUCCAAGACGCUGCAGAAGAAGCCCAAGGCGAAGGACGCCUCGGCCUCUAGCGACGGCGAGGUCGGGCAGCCGGCUGGCGACGCCGAGCCAGUAGUAGCCGAGGCCUUUCUAGCAGUUUCCAACCCGGAGCAGACGCCGUCGGAACCAAGCACAGAGUCGUCGGUGGAGAUGAAGAUGGAGACGGAAAGGCGAGGGGGCAGGUUCCCCCUGGCGGCGUUCGUCCCGGUCAUCCUCGCAGGCCUCGCCGCCGGGAAGCUCCCGGCGACGGCGCUGGCCGUGCUCUGCGUGGCCUUCUUCGGCCGGCACCGUCGAGCGAAUUUAGGCGGCCGGUGACCGGCUGUAUGAGGAUCAGAGAGUUCCGAUCCCCUCGAAACCGGGGGAGAUCCGUGAGUCCGUUCAAUGAUCCGUGAGUCCGUUCGAUGAUCCGUGAGUCCGUUUGUAAAAAAUCAGAGACAGAAGAAGAAGAAGAAAUCCAUACAUGUUGAUUUCAGUUUUCAA